AUGGCUGUUACUUCAAUACUCGCCUUGCUGGCGGCCUUCGCGCCGGCUGCACUGGCACAAGAUAACUCCAGCUAUGUCGACUACAACACUGAUCCCGAGCCAGGGCUUUACCCAUUUACUAUGAAUGUUGUGGAUUGGGCAUUCCCAGACUGCUCCAACGGGCCGCUGAAGGACACGAUAGUUUGCGACAAAUCGGCACGGCCUCAUGAUCGAGCCGCAGCUCUCGUUUCCAUGUUCACAUUCGAAGAGCUCGUCAACAGUACCGGAAAUCUUAUUCCGGCCAUUCCGCGACUCGGACUUCCCCCGUACCAGGUCUGGAGUGAGGCCUUACACGGUAUCGAUCGUGCCAACUGGACAGAGUCUGGAGACUUCAGUUGGACAACCGCCUUCCCAUCGCCCAUCCUGACGAUGGCCUCGUUGAACCGCACUUUGAUCAAUCAAAUCGGUGACAUCAUCUCGACACAAGGAAGGGCAUUCAAUAACUUUGGCCGUUACGGAUUGGAUGUGUAUUCGCCGAAUAUCAACUCUUUCCGUCACCCAGUGUGGGGUCGCGGACAGGAGACUCCAGGCGAGGACGCCAACAUCCUCUGUUCCGUCUACGCAUACGAAUAUAUCACUGGUAUCCAAGGAGGAGUGGACCCCUUCCCUCUGAAGCUUGUUGCCAACGCGAAGCACUUCGUCGGCUACGAUAUCGAAAACUGGAACAAUCAUUCACGAUUGGGUAAUGAUAUGAUCAUCUCCCAGCAAGACUUGUCUGAAUACUACUCUCCGCAAUUCAAGGCAGCUGUCCUAGAUGCCAGAGUUCACAGUGUCAUGUCAUCUUACAAUGCCGUGAAUGGUGUUCCUUCUUCGGCCAGCACUUUCUUGUUGCAAACACUGUUGCGAGAUACCUGGAACUUUGUUGAAGACGGUUACGUUUCUUCUGACUGUGACGCUGUCUACAACGUGUUCAAUCCUCAUGGAUAUGCUUCCGAUACUGAGCUUGCUGCUUCAAAGAGUAUGCUGGCUGGCACUGAUAUCGAUUGCGGCGCGACGUACCAAAUGUAUCUCAAUGGCUCGUUUACAAAGGGCGAUAUAUCUCGCAGUGAGAUCGAGCGUGGUGUCAUUCGCUUGUACUCCAACCUUGCUAGUUUGGGAUACUUCGAUGGAGAAGAUAGCAAAUAUCGUGACCUCGAUUGGUCCGAUGUUGUUGCGACUGAUGCGUUGAACGUCUCUUACCAGGCUGCCGUGGAAGGCAUCGUGCUUCUGAAGAAUGAUGGCGUCCUACCGCUGUCUAAAAACACUAGCAGUGUUGCACUGAUUGGCCCCUGGGCAAAUGCCACUACGCAAAUGAAGGGAAAUUAUCUGCCCCUUGGAAACUCACCAUAUCUCACAAGCCCGCUCGCCGCCUUCGAGGGUUCCAAUAUCGACGUCAACUAUGCCUUUGGAACCAACAUUUCCUCCAAGUCGACAGACGAUUUCGAUGCUGCUGUCGAAGCCGCCAAGAAGUCUGACGUGAUUGUCUUCGCUGGUGGCAUCGACAACACAGUCGAAGCAGAAGCCAUGGACAGACAAGAGAUCACAUGGCCUGGAAACCAAUUGGACUUGAUUAAGAAACUCAGCCAACUUGGAAAGCCCCUCAUCGUCCUCCAGAUGGGCGGUGGCCAAGUCGACUCCUCAGCACUCAAAGCAAGCAAGAAUGUCAACGCCAUUGUCUGGGGUGGAUACCCCGGACAAUCUGGCGGUCUCGCAAUUCUGGAUAUCUUGACUGGCAAGCGCGCUCCAGCUGGCAGACUGACCGCGACCCAGUACCCUGCCAAGUACGCCCACCAGUUCCCGGCAACUGACAUGAGCCUUCGACCCAACGGAAGCAACCCCGGCCAGACUUACAUGUGGUACACUGGCAAGGCCGUCUAUGAAUUUGGCCACGGUCUCUUCUACACAACAUUCAAAGCCUCGGCGAAGGAGACCACCAAAUCGAGCUUCGACAUAGCCGAGCUUCUCGCUCGCCCUCACACAGGCUACAAUGCUGUCGAGCAGCGGCCUUUCCUGAAUUAUACGGCAGAUAUUAAGAACACCGGCUCUGUCAAAUCGGACUACACUGCGAUGGCAUUUGUCAACACUACAGCCGGACCCAGCCCCCAUCCAAUCAAGUGGCUAGUUGGCUUUGAUCGUCUUGGUGAUCUGAAGCCACGGGAGUCUCAGACUUUGAAUAUUCCCAUCUCGCUGGACAAUGUCGCGCGUACCGAUGUGGACGGAAAUCGGGUCAUAUACCCUGGCAAGUAUGAACUUGCGCUGAAUAAUGAGCGCUCUGCUGUUGUGAAGUUCACUUUGACUGGAAGUGCUACUACUGUUGCAACUUGGCCGAAGGAAGAACAGCUCAUUGGUCCCUCGUAG